AUGCGAAGAGAUAGGAUAACGGAUUCGAUGGCGGAAUUGUCAAACCCGACUUCUCCUACUGUUGCUAUCCUUGGCGCUGGUAUAGGUGGUUUGGCCCUUGCUAUUGGACUGAUAAAGCGCAAUGUUCCAAUUACCAUUUAUGAAGCUGCAGAUCAUUUCUCAAUGGUAGGCGCUGGAAUUGGCUUGGGACCUAACUCCUUGAAUGCCAUGGAUGUGAUUGAUCCAAGGUUCCGAGAGAGAUAUGAAAAGGUGAAGACGCAAAACGAGAGGCCGGAGUUCGAGCAUAGCGUCUUUGAUGCAUUAUAUGCCGAGGAAGGCCUCGGCGAAAAGCGGGGGUGGACCCGAGGUCUCAUCGGUGCUCCUUACUUUACGCGGAGUAGUGCUCACCGCCGAGACUUGUUAGAUAUCAUGGAAAGCUUCAUCCCUGAAGGGAUCGUCAAGUUCGGGAAGCGAGCCUACUCAGUUGAGCAAGUAGACAGAAAAGUCUUGAUAAGCUUUCAGGAUGGCACAGUAGAAGCAGUCGACGCAGUUGUGGGUUGCGACGGAGUGAAAGGAAUCACUCGUCGAACCGUUUUGGGUGGCAUUGCGCCUGAAGAAGUCCAACCGACGUUUUGUGGUAUGUAUAUCUAUAGAGGUAUUAUACCAAUGCAAGACGCAAAGAAAAUAUUGGGAAAUCAUGCAGGCGAUGCGAAAUAUUUUAUGGCUAAGAGGAAAGCUGUGGCCGUCUAUCCUAUUUCACAGGGCAGAGAAGCGAAUUUUGUAUUCUUCGUUUCAAAGCCUUGCCCUUGGACUUUUGGGGAUAACGCCGUACCUUGUACAAAGGGGGAGAUGCUGGAUGAUCUAGAGGGCUUCGAUCAUAGACUGCUAAAACUUUUAGACUACGCUAGACCUCUGAGGUGGCCGACGUGGCAUCAUCCCCAGACAUCUACAUUCUACAAGGGACGAGUGUGCUUAUUAGGUGAUGUUGCGCAUGCUUGCAGUCCUCACCAGGCUGCUGGAGCCGGUCAGGGAUUAGAGGAUGCCGCCAUCCUCUCUCAUCUACUUGCUCUGGUAAAGACUCCCGACGAGAUAGAGGCCACAUUUCAGAUAUAUGACGCAAUUAGACGGCCAAGGGCGCAGAAAGUCGUUCAAACGAGUGCCGAAGCCGGGCAAAUUUACACAUGGCAGGCUCCAACGAUCGAGGAUGACAUGCAUAAGAUUGUUGAAAACGCGAAUCAGAGGUUGCAUUGGAUUUGGCAGCAUGAUCUCGAAGCAGAUAUCAAAAAGGCUGAAUAUGACUUUCGCAGGUUAGUAGGGGAACGGCCAGGCAUAUCACACAAUGGUGACCCAGUCAAGAGCGUAUCAAUUAUGAGGCGCGCAGGUUUAGGUACUUCCAACACUAUUCAGUGUACAUAA